CCUAGGACCGACUGGACCAGCUGUCCCUCCACCUGCAGGUUACCCAGGAGGCUUGCCUAUGGGAUACUACAGUCCACAGCAGCCCAGUAUCUUCCCCUUGGGCCCACCAACUGGUGGUACCCAUACUGUCCAGUAUCAGCCUGGCAAAUAUCCUGUGCCAAAUCAGCAGGCUCCAAUAACAUGGAUGCCAGGGCCACCUCCUGUGCCAAACUGCCCUCCUGGUCUGGAAUACUUAGCUCAGUUGGACAACAUACAUGUUCUUCAGCAUUUUGAGCCAAUGGAAACGAUAACACAUUUUGAAACUAACAAUAGAUAUGACAUUAAAAACAACUCAGACCAAAUGGUUUACAUCGUAACUGAAGACACAGAUGACUUUACCAGGAAUGCUUAUCGGACACUAAGGCCCUUUGUCCUCCGCGUCACGGACUGUGUGGGCCGAGAAAUCAUGACAAUGCAGAGACCCUUCAGAUGCACCUGCUGUUGCUUCUGUUGCCCCUCAGCCAGGCAAGAGCUGGAGGUGCAGUGUCCUCCUGGUGUCACCCUUGGCUUUGUUGUGGAACACUGGAAUUUGUGCAGGGCAGUUUACAGUAUCCAAAAUGAGAAGAAAGAAAAUGUGUUGAGAGUGCGUGGGCCAUGCUCAACCUAUGGAUGUGGUUCAGAUUCUGUUUUUGAGGUCAAAUCCCUCGAUGGUGUAUCCAACAUCGGCAGUAUUAUUAGGAAAUGGAAUGGUUUGGUAUCAGCAAUGGCAGAUGCCGACCACUUUGACAUUCACUUCCCAUUGGACCUGGAUGUGAAGAUGAAAGGCAUGAUUUUUGGAGCUUGCUUCCUCAUUGACUUCAUGUAUUUUGAAAGAUCUCCACCACAACGUUCAUCAAGAUAGAGGGAUGCAGCAAAUCAUCAAUUACGGUUAAUAAAUAAAAAUUAGAAAGUUAGUAUAGGCUUACAGUCAAUCCUCAAUUAUUUGCAAGUAUAUUUUCUGCUUUGCAGAUUUUUUUAUUGAGUGUUAACUUUGACAGGUAGGCUGAGAGUCUGAAUGCAAGAAAGAAUACAAUCUAAACAUGUGUUUCUGUUCACUUGGUAGACUAGGAAUUCAUCCUGAAA